AGUCAUUUGGUGGUUUAAGUGUUGCAGAACACAGAAGAUGCAUCUCUUUUCCCGACUGUUCCACGGACAGCCUAUAAAGGGCAGAGAGGGGGCCUGACAGGCUGAUACCAGCCGCUAUAUAUAGCUUCCUGGGCCUGGACAUUGCUUUACAGCAAACAGCUGAACAAAGAAGCCACAUGCUCAGAACUUCCCUGUGACUGCAAUCUCUCUUUGACUUUAUAUCACAAAUCAGAAUGAACAAACCCAAAAUCAACAGACCAGAGGACUGCCAGCCAGCACACGCGCUGUGGUUUGACAGAAAGAAAUACGUCACUGUUAACUUCAUGGUUCAGAAACCUAAGGAUGUCCAGGUGGAUAUCCAGCCAGACAAAAUGAUUAUAUGCUGCAAAAACGACACAGAUGAUGUCUUCUACAACGAGCUGCACUUCUUCGACACAGUACAGAUCAACGACUCAAGACACAGAGUCUACGAUCGCACCAUCAACAUGCUGCUGAGGAAGAUGAAGCCAGAUUAUGCGUGGCCUCGUCUCCAGAAGGAUCCAGCGAGGCCCAGUUGGAUCUCUGUGGACUUUGAUAACUGGAGAGACUGGGAGCAUGAGGAAGAUGAGGGAAAGGAAGAGUUCGACAGAUACAUGGACAUGAUCCAAGAAAUGUCCAGCAAUAACAAAGGAGCGACGCCAGACAUGGGCGAUCUAAGUGAUUUUGUUACCUCUGUUGUGUCCUGCUGCCCAGCCGAACUAAAACAAGAGGUAAAUGGAAAGAAAGAAACUCUCAAAGGCUUCAACGUGAAGCUCCAAGACACCAUCUUAUUCCCUGAAGGAGGAGGUCAGCCAGAUGACCACGGACUGAUCGGAGAGGUCCCGGUUUUAAGGGUGACGAGACAGGGACCAGAUGCUUUACACUUCGUGGCCUCUCCUCUGGAAGUGGGCCAGGAGGCGCGUUUAAAGGUGGACUGGGAGAGGAGGUUUGAUCACAUGCAGCAACACUCAGGUCAGCAUUUGAUCACGGCUUUGGCAGACACCAUGUUUGGAUACAAGACCACAUCCUGGGAACUGGGGCGCCAGCGGAGUGCCAUCGAACUGGACACACCCAGUGUGAAGCCAGCGCAGCUCAAGGAGCUGGAAGACGCUGUCAAUGAGAAGAUCAGAGCUCAAGUUCCUGUUCAUGUCCAACUUCUCUCCAUCGAUGACCCCGCAGUGGAAAAGGUUUUCAUGCUUAGUGUCAGGAGUCGGGGGCUGCCAGAUGACCACGCAGGACCCAUCCGGAUCAUUGAUAUAGAGGGUGUUGACGCCAACAUGUGCUGCGGGACCCACGUGUCUAACCUCAGUCAUUUGCAGGUCAUAAAGCUGCUCGGAACUGAAAAAGGAAAGAAAAACAAAACAAAUCUCAUCUUCUUGGCCGGAAACCGGGUCCUGAAGUACGCGGAGAAGAGCUACAGCACAGAGCGCUCGCUGGUCUCCCUUCUGAAGACAGGACCGGAUGAACACGUUGAGGCUGUUGAUAAGCUGCAGAAAUCUGUGAAGCUUCUCCAGAAGACUAACCUGAGCUUGCUUCGGGAUAUGGCCGUCCUCAUUGCUCAGAACUUCAAGAGUGACCCUCAAAGGGGCAACUUCUUCAGCCUUCACAAAAAGGAGGGGGAUAAUGAGUUCAUGAACAUCAUUGCCAAUGAAGUAAACACAGAGGAAACGUUGCUUUUCCUCACUGUUGGGGAGGAAAAGGGACCUGGCUUGUUUCUCCUGGCAGGACCAAGUGGGCUGGUGACCGAAAUGGGGCCACGUGUUUUAGAGUUGCUUCAAGGAAAGGGGGCGGGGAAGAACGGGCGUUUCCAAGGCAAAGCCAACAGCCUGGCACGGAGAGCGGAGGUAGAGGCUUUGCUGAGUCAGCACUGCAAACAUCGCAGCUCUGAAGAAAAAUAA